GGGUGGCAGCAGAGGGGAGCAGGGUAUAAAAGGGGGAGAGAGCCCGAGCCCAUCAGUCUGGUCCAAGAUGGCCAAGCUCACUCUGCUCACCGGCCUGGCCCUGCUGCUGAACGCCCACCUCGGCACUGCCUAUGUGCUGACCUGCUACUUCACCAACUGGGCCCAGUACCGACCUGGCCUGGGUAAGUUCACCCCCGAAAAUGUCGACCCCUGCCUGUGCAACCACCUGAUCUACGCCUUCGCUGGCAUGAACAACAACGAGCUCACCACCUACGAGUGGAACGACGAGACCCUGUACAAGUCCUUCAAUGGCCUCAAGAACCAGAACAAAGAUCUGAAGACGCUGCUGGCCAUUGGGGGAUGGAAUUUCGGCACAGCCAAGUUCACCACCAUGGUCUCCUCUCCUGAGAACCGCCAGACCUUCAUCAAGUCCGCCAUCAAAUUCCUGCGCCAGUACCAGUUUGAUGGGCUGGACCUGGACUGGGAAUACCCCGGCUCCAGGGGCAGCCCCGCCCAGGACAAGGCUCUGUUCACCGUCCUGGUUAAGGAGCUGCUGGCAGCCUUCGAGCAGGAAGCCAAACAGACCAACCAGCCCCGGCUCAUGGUCACUGCUGCUGUUGCUGCUGGACUUUCCACCAUCCAGGCUGGCUACGAGAUCGCCGAGAUUGGCAAGUACCUGGAUUACAUCCACGUCAUGACCUACGACUUCCACGGCUCCUGGGAGAGGAACACGGGCGAGAACAGCCCCCUGUACGCCGGCCCUGCUGACACUGGUGACUACAAAUACUUCAACGUUGAAUACGCCAUGAAUUAUUGGAAGAGCAACGGUGCCCCAGCUGAGAAACUCCUGGUGGGAUUCCCAACCUAUGGGAAGAGCUUCACCCUGCAGAACCCAUCCAACACGGCCGUGGGAGCCCCAGCGUCCGGCCCCGGCCCCGCCGGGCCCUACACCAGGGAGGCUGGAACUCUGGCUUACUACGAGAUCUGCACUCUGCUGAGCUCUGGAGCCACCCAGGCUUGGGAUGAACCCCAGGAUGUUCCCUACGCCUACAAGGACAGCGAGUGGGUCGGCUACGACAACGUCAAGAGCUUUGGCAUCAAGGUGGAUUGGCUGAAGAAGAACAACUUUGGAGGAGCCAUGGUCUGGACCAUU